GAGGUCACCGAGUUCCAUGGCCCAAAGGCUUGUGGAGCAGGGGUACCGGCCCAUCUUCAACCCAAGGACUCAAGAGCUUCUGAGAAGGUCACAUUGUGUGGGGAACCAGCCACACUCCAAGUACUGACCCCCGAGGCCAGGACGAGGGGCAGGAGGUGUUCCAGGAGGUCACACUCAGCCAUCCAGGUCAAGGAAGACCCCGGCCUGGCUCGGGCGCACUCCACACCGCCAGGCCACCAUGGUCCUUGGCUGGCUGCUGCUUCUGGUGUUGGUUCUUUGCCCAGGUGCGACAGGCAUCAAGGACUGCGUCUUCUGUGAGCUGACCGACUCCACUCAGUGCCCGGGCAUAUACAUGCGCUGUGGGGAUGACGAGGACUGCUUCACGGGCCGCGGAAUAGCCCAGGGCGUGGGGCCCAUCAUCAACAAAGGCUGCGUGCACUCCACCAGCUGUGGCCGCGAGGAGCCCGUCAGCUACAUGGGGCUCACCUACAGCCUCACCACCACCUGCUGUGCCGGCCACCUUUGCAAUCGGGGUACUGGCCCUGCCACAGGGGCUCUCAGCCUGCCACUGGGUCUGCAGCUGCUCCUGGGCCUGUUGUUGCUGCUUCGAUACUGGCUGUGACCCGCAGGAACUGCAGAGCCUGGGGCUGUGCCCCAUGCCCCCACGUCCACCCCUUUCCCCCAUUAAAUGGCCAGAGGUGCAGUCUA